AAUGGAUCAAAAUGAAAAAGAGAUAGAUGAAGAACAAUUUAAAAAAGAAUUUGAAGAGAAAGUAGAAAAAAGAAAAAUAUGGUUGAUGGAAGAAUUAAAAAGUUGUGGAAAAUUUUUAGAUGUAAGUGCAAAGAAAUUAGAUGAUCUCGAUGCUUUGACUGUAUUUUUUUAUUUUGAAUUAGAUUGCUCUCUAUCUUCAUGAAUGUCAAACCGAAUUGACUUUAUUUCAUAUAGCAGCCAACUCUAUUACAGAUCGUGGAUUUAUUGAUAUGUUAACAGGAUUAUAAUGGCAUGAUAAAUUAAAAGAAAUUUAUAUUGGAAAUAACUAAAUUAGUGAAGUAAAAAAGUAUAUAUAAUUAAAGAUUGGUGUAUAAGGAUUCGUUGAAAUUUCAAGUAGUUUCAAAUAAUUGAAAAUAUUAAGCAUGAGUGCUUGUUCAAUAGAUGAUACUACAUUUAUUUCUUUAUGUUAUGCACUUCCAGAAUUGAAGAAUUUACAAUAAUUAUAAGUUCCAGGUAAUAAUAUUUCUGAUUUCGGUAUUUUUAUCUGAUUGAUAAAUAGGAUUGAUAUGUUUCUCUUCUUUAUUAGCUGCUAAUUGUCUACCUAAUUUGACUGUUCUACAUUUUGGAAAUAAUCCUUUGACUUCUAAAUCAUUAGUACCAUUUUUUUAGGCCUUUAAAAAGAAUAAAACUAUCAAAAUCUUAUAUAUGAAUGAUAUUGGAAUGGAUUUAUAAACUAUAAGGCAAAUGGCAUAAUGUUUGAAAAAGAAUAAAAUAUUAGAGGAAUUAAAUUUAGGGAAUACUGGAUUUUCAGAUUCAGCAGCUUAGAUUCUUUGGCCAAAUCUUAAAUAUCUAAGAACUUUGCAUUUAUGGAAUAAUCAUCUUACAGAUAAAGCAAUAUUUGAAUUUAUUAAUGUGUUAGAGAGAUAAGAAUUAAGCUUGACUUAUUUGGGAUUAUAGGAUAAUGCAAUAGAAGAAGUAGAUCUUAUUGAAGAUCUGAAUGCUUUAUUAAAGUAGAAUGAAUUGAUUGAGUAAUUAACUGAAUAAAUAGAAAAUAAUGGUAAGGAAGAAAAUGAAAAAAAAUCAAUUUAAGAAAUGGUUGAUAAUACUAAAUUGGAAGAGAUUGAGGAGAAAUUAGAAGAACUUGAUAAAUUAAGCACUUAAUAGGUAAUGGAUGAAGAAGAAGAGGUUAAUGAAUUGUAAGGAAAAUUGAAAACAAAAAAACAACCAUAAGAGGAAUGAU